AUGGAAAUAGAAUCCAUUAAUCCAGCACAAACAUCAUCUUCCGAUAAAACCAUCUCACUACGAAAUUCAUACAAUCCAGUGCCAUCCUCAAUAUACACAAAACUGCACAAAAAUCUCACAUUUUCAUAUGCAAACAGUAACGCGAAAUCAUUUCAAUUUGGGACACUUGGAGAGAAUGAUACUUAUUUGAUUGGAAUUCUACGCUUGGACUAUUCACAGCCAAGACAGAUACGAAAUGUUAUACUGCAACUCAAGGGUAUCGAGAAAACUUGCUGGUUUAAGCCGCAGGCACGAUCAAAAUCGUUUCACAAUGCUGAACAAAUAUUAAUUGACAAAGCUUUUCGGAUAUUCUCAGCGAACGACGAACAAGAAAUUCAAUCUUGUAAUAUACCAUUCAAAGUGAAAUUGCCUUAUAAUCUUCCGGAAUCAAUUACUACUGACAUUGGGAGUGUAAAGUAUUUCUUGCGUGCUACCGUGAAUAGAAGAGGAGUUAUCGGUAACGCUAAUGUUGUAGAAGUUGAAUGUGAAUUAAGGAAAACUACAAUGCUAGACAUUGAACGUAAUCAACCAUAUCAAUUACGAGGUGAAUCUCGUAGUGGUAUAGAAUACGCGUUUGUUUUGCCACCGUUCAAAAAUUUUAAUAUUGGAUCAUUCGUUUCGAUCCCGAUGCGACUUCGUUUUCUUCGACCCAAUCUUCAUGUAGAGCAAGUUCGAGUUUCUUUGGUUAAAUUCAUGGACUAUAGAUGUACUAAUCCAAAUGAGUCACGUCACAUAAAACAAGAAGUCACCUCGUUGACUAUAACACGACAAGAACUUCAAUAUACCCAAUCAACGCCUUCAGAUCUUGAAUGUGUGCACAAGAUAAAUUUAUUCAUUCCUCAAACUUUAUUGCCAACAAUAUCCACAAGAUACAUAUCAAUUUCGUAUCAACUGUCGAUAAAGUUGUGCUUAGUUGGUAGUGACAUGGAUUUUCAAAUUGAUGAAUUUGUUCACCUUGGAUCCGUAAUAGAGGUCAAUAAUCAAUCAACCUCUAAAUUACAAGAACUUUUUUUGUCACGUCAAGUGUUUGACACGACUCUUUCACGAAUACAAAAUCAAACAUCGAUCUCUACUUUUGGUUCUAUUUCGAUGACAUCCAAUGAUGGCAUAAAUGAACCAAUGACACCAUCAAAUGAGUUUUUCCCACAAUCCGCUCCUAAUAAUCAGCAGUUAACCAACAAAGAACUAAGACGAGCUUCAAAUAAUGAAAAUUUUUCAUCCUCACCUUACCCGACUGCACUUUCACCGCCACCUUACCAUAAACCAAAAUCACUUUCUGCAUUUCAUUUGAAUUUUAUAUGGGUGCAUAACGAUAAUAUUCCAAGACUACGAGAACUACGUGCCGAAGUUUUGCGAAAAGGAAAGAUGUC